UUCUGUUAUGAUCUUAGUUUCUUUGGUAAAAAUCAUGAUUUUUACAUGUAAACAAACAAAAAAAACACAGUACGCAGACGCACACGAGCUUGAAGUUGGCCAACCGGUAACUCUCAAAGAAAAAGGUUGUGUUGGAGGGUCUUUGUCUCAAAGCAUUUUUUGUUUGCUUACUCAAUCCUCUUUAGUUUAGCCUUAGCUAUUACAGUUAGCUCAAACUUAUACCUCUCUCUCAACCAACUUCACCUUUUCCUUUUUUUUUUUUUUUUUUUGUGUGUGUGUGUACUGAGUUCAUUUUCUGACUAUGAAAAGAUUAUCAUCUUCAAAAAGGGUAGUGAGCAAUGAGGUUAAAGGGGACAUAGAGUGGGAGCUUAGGCCUGGUGGCAUGCUUGUUCAGAAGAGGAACAUGGCGGAUGCUGCUUCUGCUCCUAUGAUUAAGAUCAAAGUUUCUCAUGGUUCUUAUCACCGUGAUAUAGUUGUGCCUGCUCAAUCCACUUUUGGGGAUUUGAAAGGGGUUCUUGCACAAGAAACCGGUUUGGAGCCAAAGGAGCAGAGACUAUUAUUCCAAGGGAAAGAGAAGGAUGAUGAAGAAUGUUUGCAUAUGGUAGGAGUAAAAGACAUGUCAAAGGUGGUAGUUUUAGAGGACCCAGCUAGCAAAGAGAGGAAGCUUGUGGAGAUGAAUAGCAACCAAAGUGUGCUAAAAGCCUGUGAAGAGGUUGCUGAGGUCAGGUCAGAGGUUGAUAAGCUCUCUGAGAAGGUUAUUGCUGUGGAGGCAAAUGUUCGAGCAGGUACCAAGGUUGCAGAAAACGAAUUCCUUGUCUUGACGGAGUUACUUAUGGUGCAAUUGCUCCAAUUAGAUACAAUUGAGGCUGAUGGUGAAGCCAAAGUCCAGAGGCGGGUUGAGGUUCGUCGAGUUCAAGGUCUAGUGGACACCCUGGACCACUUGAAGGCUAGAAACUCCAAUCCCUUCAGCAGUAGCUGCAAUGCAGUGCCAAUGAGUACCAAAUGGGAGGCAUUUGAGUUAUCAUCUACAAGAAUAACUCAAGAUUGGGAGGUAUUUGAUUAAGCUCAACUUCACAUCUAUCGCUAGUCAAAUGGAAUCUUACUUCAGUUUGCUUCAUUGUUGGCUGGCAUCUGUAAUCAAAGCUUUAGGUGAAGCAAGAUAUGUAUACAGGAUCAGAACUUUGCAAGUGCCCUUUUUUCUUUGUUAUUGUUGACUUUUUGGAACCUUCUACCACAAGGAAAUGCACAACUCCAUUAAUUACAA